AUGUCGAAGGGCGUGAGCGAUGAGGGCCUGGUGUUCGAGACAUCUGAGGAUGUGGAGGUUCUGCCGACCUUCGAUGCGCUUGGAUUGAAGGAGGACCUUUUGCGUGGCGUCUAUGCCUAUGGCUUCGAGAGGCCCUCGGCCGUGCAGCAGCGCGCAAUUCUGCCAAUUCUCAAGGGUCGCGACGUGAUCGUGCAGUCGCAGAGCGGUACCGGCAAGACCUGCGUCUUCGCCCUCGGGGCGCUGCAAACCGUGGACACCACCUCGCGGGAGCCGCAGGCGCUGUUCUUGUCUCCGACUCGCGAGCUGGCCGAGCAGAGUCAGAAAGUGUGCUUGGCGCUUGGCGACUACCUGAAUGUUCAGGUCCACGUGUGCAUCGGUGGCAAGCGCGUGUCCGAUGACAUCCACACCUUUGAGGCCGGUGUCCAGAUUGUGUCCGGAACUCCUGGACGUGUCUUCCACAUGAUCCAGCAGCGACACUUCAGCAGUCAGCGCGCAGUGCUCUCGACAGACAGCUUGCCGGUGGCAGACCUCUGCAGACUGCACCGGCACUUUGGCGGCGACAGCAGCGUCCGUGAGAACAGGCCCAUGCUGCAAGAGGCGGCCUCUGGCGGCACCAUCUCGGCGCUGAGUGUACAGAUGCCAGCCUUAGAGGAGCUGCUGCCAUACCUCAGGCGGCCAGACGCGGAGGUCUUUGACCUGGGCUUCGGGUCUGGGGUCAUGGCUGCGAUGAUGCUGGCAGCCGCGCCCUCGGCCACGGUGCUGGGCGUGGACAUGCCGGACAAGGUGGCAGUCGCCACAAGGAACAUGCUGUCUAGCAGCGGCGACUGCCCCUUCACGCCCUUCGACAAGCGCCGAUUUGAGUUUCUGGGAGGAGAUGCCUUUCAGUACCUCAAGAAGUGGAAGGCUGAGGGCAAGACGUUCGACGUGCUGUAUGCAGGCUGCUCCAUGGACCCCUCCAGCGACCAGCUGAAGCUUUUUUUGGGCCAGCUGAAGCCCGGCGGCGCGGCGGUUUUCAACCUGGGCUGGCCCGGCAGCCAGGGCAUGUAUUUCGUCGCCGACGGCGGCAAGGAGUGCAGGCUAUUGAUGCGAGUGAAUUUUAUGAUGGCUGAGAGCGCUCUGACGCCGCCCAACAGACAGCAGGUGCCGUUUGAGCCGGACAGGCUCUCAGCCUGGAUUCGCAAGAACGUAUUCGCAGAUGCUGCCGUCCUGAGCCAACACAGCGAUGCCACGCGGGACGUGGGGGUUGCGGCGCAGCGCCUAGCCUCGACGAUGGCGCGGGUGCCCUCCUGGCACGGCACUGGGACGUCAGAGACCACUGCCUCUGACAUUGCGCAGCCAGGCGGCUUCCGGCGGUUCUUCCAAAGGCAACUGGGCCUGGCGGACGAGUCGUCACGGCCUCUUGUGGAGGACAUGCUGCGGGUCCAGCGGGAGGAGGACACAUUGGACGCGCGCCUGGCUUCGCCACUGCUGCCAUUCUAUGCUGGGUACUUGAAGGGCGGGGUGUCGGAGCCGUCGCAGCUGAGCCUCAUGAUCUUAAAGGCGUUCACCGGGGCGGCAGUGCUGUACCUGCCACGGAGCUUUCUGAACGGAGGUCUCUUGCUGGGCGCGGGCACAUUGGCCGCCGUGUGCUUCUUGUUCACCGUGGCCAUGCGUCUGCUCAUCGACUGCGCGGAGCGCGUGCUGGCGUACAAAACCAUGGCCUCCGCCUCGUCCCAGGCGCAGUACAUGGACCAAGGCUUGCCCAAGCUGUUUCUGCCAUCCUACGGGGACAUCGGGGAGGCGGCGCUGGGCAGAGUGGGGCGGCUGCUGGUGGAGGUCUCCCUGGCUGCUUCGCAGCUGGGCUUCUGCUCCACCUACUUCCUCUUCGUCAGUGCCAACCUCUCGGAGGUGCUCGGGACCCUCGCGGGCUGCCGCCACGUCAUGAGCCAGCGCUCCCUGUGCCUUCUGCUGGCGGCGGUUUGGGCGCCCCUGGCGCUGGUGCGAAGGCUGAAGCACUUCUCAGCCCUGAACUUGGUGGCGGACGCCUGCAUCCUGCUGGGCCUGGCAGUGAUCUUGGCUGCGGCGGCCCAGCACUUUGCAGAUCACCCGCCGUCGUGGUCGGUCCCCUUGGCGAGGAUGGACAGCUACCCUCUUUGUCUGGGUACUGCAGCUUUUGCGUUUGAAGGCAUCGGCCUGGUGCUGCCCAUGUACGAGGGCACGGAGCCUGCUCUCCGGAAGCAGUUCAAGGGCACGCUGACCUGGAUCAUGGUGGGCAUGUGUUGCUUCUUUAUCGUGUUUGCUGGCGCUGCCUAUCUCUCCUUUGGUCCAACCACCCGGACAGUCAUUUUGUUCAAUCUGCAGAUGGGUGGCCAGAAGCGACUGGCUUCUCAGAUCCUUUUUUGCCUCGCGCUGGUGUGCACCUAUCCACUGGUGCUUCAUCCGGUCUCUCGGCUUUUGGAGGACCGCCUGCUUCCAGGCCCGGGCCAAGAUGGCGGCACCGCAGUCCAGGUUUACCGAGACCUGCUGCGGGCUGGCCUGGUUUUGCUGACGAUGCUGGUUGCUUUGUUCAGCGCCUCGCGGCUUCAGAGUUUGGUGGUCUUGGUGGGCGGCCUGUGCUGCGCUCCUUUGGCCUUGGCGUUUCCACCAGUCUUCCAUCACCUGCUGGUGGGUGGCCAGUGGCAGCUGGACCUGGCUCUGUCGGUGCUGGGGCUGCUGUUGGCCGUCGUGUCCUCUACCGAAGCUGUCCUGCACUGGAGCACCAACCAGGAGAUUCCGUACUACUCCUGCAGCGGCAGCUGA